GGGGCGGGGUUGGAGGUCAAAGGUCCUGAACUCCGUGCCAUUCCAGAAUGGAGCUACGACCCUACCAGUGGGAAGUCAUUGAACCUGCCCUGGAAGGCAAGAAUAUCAUUAUAUGGCUGCCCACGGGUGCUGGGAAGACCCGGGCAGCUGCCUAUGUGGCCAAGAGGCACCUAGAGAGAGUGGACGGAGCCAAGGUGGUGGUACUGGUUAACAGGGUGCAUCUGGUCAGCCAGCACGCUGAGGAGUUCAGCCGCAUGUUGGAUGGACACUGGUCCAUGACAACCCUUAGUGGGGACAUGGGGCUCCGAGCUGGCUUUGGUCACUUAGCUCGAAGCCAUGACCUGCUCAUCUGCACAGCGGAGCUGCUCCAUCUGGCGCUGAGCAGCCCCGAGGAGGAGGAGCACGUGGAGCUCACAGACUUCUCCUUGAUCGUGGUGGACGAGUGCCACCACACACACAAGGACACCAUCUACAACGUCAUCCUGAGCCAGUACCUCAAGCACAAACUGCACAUGGUGAGACCUCUUCCCCAGGUGCUGGGUCUCACAGCCUCGCCCGGCACUGGCGGGGCCUCCAAGCUCCAAGGAGCCAUUGACCACGUCCUACAGCUCUGUGCCAACCUGGACACAUGGCGCAUCAUGUCAUCUGAGAAAUACCGGCCCCAGUUGCUGGAGCACAUCCCAAAGCCUUGUAAGCAGUAUGACCUCUGCCAAAGGCGUAGCCAGGACCCUUUUGGAGAUUUACUAAAGAAGCUCAUGAGCCAAAUCCAUCAACACCACGAGCUGCAGGAAAUGAGCCAGCACUUCGGGACGCAGACGUACGAGCAGCACGUGGUGGAGCUGAGCAAGGCUGCGGCGGAGGCCGGCCUGCAGCAGCGCCGUGUGUGCGCCCUGCACCUCAGGCGCUACAAUGAUGCCCUGCUUAUCCACGACACCGUCCGUGCAAGGGACGCUCUGGACAUGCUGCAGGAUUUCUACGAGAAGGAGCACGCCACUAAAACCCAGAUCCUGCGCGCGGAGCGCUGGCUACUGGAGCUGUUCAAUGCUCACAGAAAUAAGCUGGCCCGCCUGGCUGCUCAUGGCCCGGAGAACCCAAAGCUGGAGAAACUACCAGGGAUUCUGCUGAAACAGUUCCAGAGCUCCAACCAGCCCCGGGGCAUCAUCUUCACGCGCACCCGCCAGAGUGCUCACUCCCUCCUGCAAUGGCUCCAGCAGCAGCCUGGCCUGCGGGCCGCAAACGUCAGAGCCCAGCUGCUGAUUGGGGCCAGAAGCACCAGCCAGAGCGUCCACAUGACCCAGAAAGAACAGCAGGAAGUGAUCCGGGAGUUCCGGGUUGGCACCCUGAACCUCCUAGUGGCCACCAGCGUGGCAGAGGAGGGACUGGACAUCGCCCAAUGCAAUGUGAUAGUACGCUACGGGCUUCUGACCAAUGAAAUCUCCAUGGUCCAGGCCCGGGGCCGCGCGCGCUCGGGGCAGAGCGUGUACUCCUUUGUGGCGACAGAGGGCAGUCGGGAGCUUCGGCGGGAGCUGACCAAUGAGGCUCUGGAGGCUCUGAUGGAGGAGGCCGUGGCAACUGUGCAGAAGAUGGACCCAGCCCAGUACCAGGCUAAGAUCCAGGACCUGCAGCAGGAAGCCCUGAUCAAGCGGGCGCUGCGCACCGCCCAGCGGGAAAGUCGGCAGCAGCAGUUCCUGGCCGAGGAAGUGCAGCUCCUCUGCGUCAACUGCAUGGUGGCCGUGGGCUAUGGGAGCGACCUGAGGAAGGUGGAGGGCACCCACCACGUCAACGUGAACCCCAACUUUUCGAUCUACUACAAUGUCGCCCAGGAACCUGUGGCUAUCAACAGGGUCUUCAAGGACUGGAGGCCUGGAGGCGCCAUUAGCUGCAGGAACUGUGGGGAGAUGUGGGGUCUGCAGAUGAUUCACAAGUCAAUGAACCUGCCGGUGCUCAAGGUCCGCAGCAUGCUGCUGGAGACUCCGCAUGGGCGAAUCCAGGCUAAAAAGUGGUCCCGAGUACCCUUCCCAGUGCCUGACUUCAGCAUCCUCCAGCACUGUACUCAGAACCUGGCUGACCUCUCCCUGGACUAACCAUUUGUGGCUGCAGUACUUGGACAGGGCUGCAGGUGGCAGUAGAGUCCACCGCAGCCUUCAUUUUCACUGGGGCACCCCUGGGUCAUGGUGGAAGUCACCUUUCACCCCAUUCCAGAUAAUCUCACGCACACCGGGUGGAGUUAGGACACGGAGGCAGGAGGAUUUGUGUACUGCACUAGGGCUCAGAACAUCCCACCCCUGCCAAGGCCACUUCUGGUUUUUGGGACUCCUCAUAAAUAAAGAAGUAUUAAAAUAA